CCAGAACCUAGUUCAGAUAAUCCCUAUGUCCAAGCUCAGACUGAACAGGAAUUGCAACUCUCAGCAACUAAGGAGAAAAUCUCUAUUCCACCAACAAAGAUGGCUAACGAAAAAAGAAAUUUUCCAAACCAAGAUUAUACCACAGAGAAAAUAGAGGACAACAAAAAAUCUAAUACACAGAAAAACAAAAAAAGGAAGAAUAAGAAAGGAACACAUGAGAAUGAUAUAGUGAUGACAGAGGCAACUACCUCUGGACAAGGCUUCUCUUCUCAUUAG